GGGCGGCCCCGGCAGAGCGGAGGCUGCGGCGGGGCCCAGUGAGGGCACCAGGGCAUCGCCAUGUCCCAGCCCAUCUCCUGCCCCAAGGAGCAGGGGGAUGUCGGGGAGCCCCCCCCCAAGGUACCACCAUUGGGAUCCCCCAUUAUCUCCCCUAUGGAGACGCUGUUCCGGCAGGCGAGCGGGGUCACCUACCGCAUCCCGGCGCUGCUCUACAUCCCAUCGGCAGCCACGUUCCUGGCCUUCGCCGAGAAGCGUUCCUCAGCCAGGGAUGAGGAUGCCAAGUACCUGGUGCUGCGGCAGGGCCGGCGGCACGGACCCUUGGUGCAGUGGGGCCCCAUUCAGGACCUCUCAGCUCUAACCCUUCCCGGCCGCCGCACCAUGAGCCCAUGUCCCCUGUACGACUCCAGCACCGGCACCAUCUUCCUGUUCUGCAUCUGUGUGGCUCGGGGCCGCUCGGAGCGGUGCCAGCUCUGGUGUAGCCGCAGUGCCGCUCGCCUCUGCUUCAGCACCAGCACCGACCACGGCCGCACAUGGACCCCACUGCGGGACGUGACGGAUGAGGCCAUCGGCACCGACCUGUCCCGUUGGGCUACCUUCGCCGUGGGGCCCGGCCAUGGCAUCCGGUUGGAUUCGGGGCGCUUGGUGGUGCCGGCAUACACCUAUUACAUCCAUAGGCGCCUGUGUGGGAUGGUGCCGCUGCCCUGCUCCACGCGGCAGCAUUCCCUGGUGUUCUACAGCGAUGACAACGGGCACCAUUGGCACAAGGGAGCCCUGCUCGGUGGGCAGCAGACAGGCGAGUGCCAAGUGGCACAGAUCCAUGGGGAUGAUCCCGAUGUUCCGGUGCUCUAUUGCAAUGCACGGGCACCGCAUGGGUGCCGGUCCGUGGCGCUCAGCACCGACCUCGGGCUAUGCUUCCAGCCCCCGGUGCAGUGCCCGGUGCUGGCUGAGCCCCCCCGGGGGUGCCAGGGCAGCGUGGUGAGCUUCCCUGCUCCGCACCACACCGGCACCGGUCCUGCACCAUCCUGGCUGCUCUACUCCCAUCCCAUGGACCGGCACCGGCGCCGCGAUCUGGGCCUCUAUGUGAACCCCUCACCGCUGGAGCAGGAUGGGUGGUGGCACCCAUGGGUGCUGCGGCAGGGCCCGGCCGGGUACUCGGACCUGGCUGCGUGUCCCGGUGGUGUCUUUGGGUGCUUGUUUGAGUGUGGCACCCACAGUGCCUGUGAGGAGAUCACCUUCUGCCUCUUCAGCCUGGGCACUGGUGGCUGUGGCGAGCAGAGCAUCCCCACAUCCUGAAUGGGGCUGGGAGCAUCCCGAGCCCUACAUCCCGGAGCCCUGCAUCCCGGAGCCCUGUAUCCCGAGCCCUGCAUCCCUGGGACCUCACCGGACACUUGGGAUGUGCGGCAUCGUGGAGCUUUUACUGUGUUAAUAAGGAACGUUUGGGUUUUUAAUCACCCAUCAAAGAGGUGAAGGAGGAGCUGUCAAGGGAUUCCUGACUCUGGGAAUGCUGAUGCUUCAUCAGGGAUCGGGAGUUUUCCCCUUGGAGCAGCAGGAAGGCUGAAGGUGCCACCAACAACAGGUGAUUCCCUGGGGGAAGAUACCUGUAAGUGGUGGUUGGAAGUAUCUCUAUUCCUGUGUCAUUCCCAUGUGGCAGAGGGAGAAUUCCAGGUUUUUACCAUUUUUAAUCCCGUUCUAUUCACUUUUCCAUGUUCAGGACUGAGCUUUGCCCUUUAUUCCCAUGGAAAGAGCACUCAGAUCUAUCUGGGGUGGUUUGUUCUGCUCCAUAGGGACACGUUGUGGCAUCCCAAUGGUGACAGCGACCUCAUGGCUCUGUUGCUGCCAAAUAAAAUCCUUCCCAAAGGGAUGAAUCCAGCCAAUAAUGGGAAAAUCCUAUGGGAUUUGACCCUG